AUCUUCGUUUUUCACUUUGCUGAAUUAAUAAAAGGGUUGUUACUUACUAUAGACGAAAACUCCCUUGGCCGCACGGACACCGACCACCAAAUUGUCGCAGAGAACAGGGUUAUUCGUUCAAAAUUUUCUUGAUUUAGUUGGUGCACCGAUCAGUGGUGUUAAGUUUUUCGUUCUUUGUGCAAGAGCGUGGCCAGGAUUCGAAUUAGAGAGCCAGACAGCGCGGCGCCCGCUUUUAUUUCCAAGAAAUUGAUCAAAACGCAGGUGUUUUCCGAGAAUUAUUUUGUAACCGAAGAAAGAAAAAAAGUGAAAAUGGCUUCAGUGGAUGAAGAUUUGCAAUUGGAUAAUAAUUUGAACGAAUUAUACUCCGAAAUUGACAAUAUGUUGGAUGGUGGCGAUAAUAAAGUUGAAGUCGCUUUUGAUGCAGCUGUACUUAUGGAUCUUGAGAAAAAUGUCAAUGCUCUACGCUUGGAUGCCAAAGAAAAUUCGGUGCGUGGGCAUCCAUCGGUGGUAAAAGUGCUGGCCGGCUCGAGCCGCAAAAAGUCAAGGUCGCAUAAUGGCGGCGGCGGCGCCGGCAAGUCUCUCAUUUCGCGCCAAAAGCAACAACAACUGCGCGAAGAAAACAUGUGGAAUCAGGGCCAGACUUUAGAACAAUUGAUCGGCAUUAAUGGAGAUUGCCAAGAACGCAAUGAUGUUUUCCGUUUAUUGGAUCUAUUUCAAUCUUUGCAUGAAAUUAUGAAUAAUAAUCUAGCAUGCACCCAGGAAAACUUUUUACCUUCGGAUUAUCUAUUCGAUAUGCCAAGGAAAUGUACCAUGCCGAAGACUUUGAAUCUGCGUCAUCAGAUUUUCGUGUUGUCCACCAAAUUGGAUCGUUUUCUGAACAGUCAACGUCGCAUAUUGGAGGCUAAUCGUCACUUUGAUUACAACAAGUACACAGAAUGCGAUAAUAUGCUGAAUAAGGCGAUGUCUUGUUUGAUACCAAUUAAACGUUUUUCGGGUAUUGAAUUACGUCAUAGAAGUUGGGAAUUUGCACACACCACCACCAAGGCCAAUGCUCAACAAUUGGAGCGUCUACUCCACAACAUGCGAGAAUAUCUUAAGACUGCACACCUAUGGAUACAUGCUUUUAACUGGGAAAUGGAUCUUCAGUAUCGUUAUUCCAAGGCAAUGACUGAAAGUCUUCAAGCCAACAACGAAAGGGCUUUGCUUGUGGCUGCUGCUGAGGCUCAGGCUGCUGUGAAACGUCAGCUGACAGCCGAAGAGUUGCUUAUUGCUGAGCAGUAUCAAUUGAAGAAUGUCAUUGAAUGUGCAGCGGAGCAUGAUGACUUCCUAAAUGCCUUGCUUCACACACCGGAACUAUACUUCCCACCUGAAAUAUUGGCAAUCUGUGAACCAUCCGCCAAUCAACCAGCAGCAUCAGCAAUUGCUGAGCCACUUGCUGACGACUUGACUCACAAGGAUUGGAUUGCAUAUGAAGAGAUUCUGUUUGAGGCUCCAUCAUCGCCGCCCAAACAUAAUCUUCGUGCUCAUCAGCCAUGGAAAUAUAGAGGUUGAUGAGAAAAUCAUUCAUACAAAUUUAAAUGAAGAGAAGAAUAAAUCUUCUGAAAUUAAAUGUUUCAUUUUAGUUUUGAUUGUUUAUCGUAUAUAUGUAUUUCCUGCAUUUUUGAUUUUAUAGUUCUAA